AUGUUUUAUGAUAACUAUAUAGAUACUAAUACGUUGGUAUUCUAUCUAUGUUGCAUAAUCGUCGGAUGGUUAUCAUUCUGGUAUCUUGUAUUUAAAAUAAUUGGGUUUCAUCUCCUGUCAAUAACUAUCAAUAAUGGAAUCCUGUUCAAUGGGAUAACUUUAGAGAAUAAGAAAUUCAUUGCGGAGAUUAAAGCAUUAAGAUUUCGAUUAUGGGGCAAUACAAGAAUGACUAUAAUUGAUGAAUUAACAAUAAAAUUAAAACUCCAAAAGGAUACUACUGCAAGUGGUAGUAAUAAUAUCAUCAAAUCUAAUAAGACAAAGAAACAUAGAGUACGACCUUUGAAUAAUGAUGAAUUAGAUCCUUCAAUAGCAUCGAUUAACAUUUUUCCAUCAAACAAAAUUGGAAAAUUCAUUGUAAAGAGCAUAUUAUUAAUAAUCCCAACAUUAAAUUUAGAAUUUCGUCAAACAACUAUAAUAUCAGCAUUUGAAAACAAAACUUAUAUUGAAUAUUUGAAAUUUUUUGCAAGAUCACGAUAUAGUAGGAAAUCUAAUGAAAAAAUUUCCUUGAAAUUUAGUAUCUUGGUUAAUAAAAUUAUUCAUGAUAUUAAAACUGGAGGUGAUAUAAUCAAACCUUUUCAACUUGGUAGCAUUAAUUUUGAAAAUAAACUACUGAUUAACUAUAUUACUGGGAAAAUAGAUGAUUUAAGAAUUAGAAUUAAUAUUAAUGACAGUGAUGUCCUGGUUUUUAAUGCUGCAAAGUAUUAUAUUUUUAAAGAUGAAAUUUAUAAACAACAAAUUGUAACUGAGCAUAGACCAAUUCCAACACCCGAAGAAUUGGAAAUUAAAAAGAAUAAUAGAAUUCAAAUGGUUGAGAAUGGAUAUAGAUUUGUUCAUGCAAUUAUCUCAGAAGUUAAUAUCCAUAUUGAAAAUUCAAAACUUUCAGAAAUUCCAUUUGUUACAAUGGAAAAUAAUACUGAUGUUAAACAUUAUUUCAAUGAUUCAAAACCAGCAACUUGUCUAGAAUUGAUGACCAAAUCCGUAUCAUUUAAUUUUUCAAGAAUGAAUAAAGAUGCUGCUGGAUUUGAAGUUUUGUUCAAUUCUCAAAAGGAUAGACCAUAUCAUUUAACAUGUUCUGUACAGUUAUUGAAAGUAUUCUAUGCUGCAAGAACUACUCUACCAACAGGUUAUCUUGGGCAAACAUCAGAUGAAAUUUUAAAUAUUCCAAAUGUUGCAUUAACUUAUAAAACUAAUGUUCUUGAUCAGUUGGUUAGAAGUAAAGGAUUUAAAAAUUGUGUCAUUGAAGUUUAUUUCUCCGCAAGCACACCGAUUUUUGAUCUUGAUACUAGACAAUUAAGUGCUUUACUUUAUAAUUUGAUACUCAUUAAGAAAUGGCGAAGGUUACACGAGUUUAAAGAUAUAAUUGUUAAUUCACCAUUGUCUCCGGAAGAGUUCUUCCCUGAAGAUGAACAAGAAUAUGACGAAGAAACUGCUCAUGAUAUCACCAAUGAAAGUUUCAAUUUGAAUGGACUGCAGGCAGUUACACAAAGAGAACCACUAACUAAGAAAAUGUAUCGAUAUCUUAAUGAAUUUUAUCCUAGAUUGGAUAUCAAACUUGUCAUUGAACAACCCCGUAUUGUUAUUCGUCAUUAUGAAGCACAUAAAAACACACAAAUUUUAUCAUUCUCAUAUUCAUUGUUGAAUUUUUCAUUAUUCACGACUUCAACAAGAGAUUAUGCAUCCAGUUGUCAAGUUUUAAAUCCCAAAAUUACUUAUUAUGAAAAAUCACAUGUUGAUUUAAUUGAAAAACAAAAUUUCGUAUUAAAAAAGGAUAUAACAAGUAUGAAUUAUCUUGAUAUAAAACUUGAUAUACUUAAAAACCUUAAGAUUAAGACGUUUAUUGAUUUUAAUAAAUUAACUAUAGAUUUAACAAACCUUGAAAUAUUCACAGGUAUACAUUAUUUAUUAUUAGAUGUUACUAGAAUGGUUGAAACAGAUCUCGAAAUUGGUGUUAUUAAUAAGAAAUUCAACCAAGAAUUACUUCGACUUCGUCAUGAAUUGAAACUUCGAAGUUUGUCUACUGGAUCAACUGCUAAAAAAUUCAAAUCAUCUUCAAUUGAAGAUAAAUUAUUCAAAUAUUUACCAUCAUGGUUAACUAAAUUAGAUUUUAAGUUAUCAUUUUUAAAUAUUCUAUUAGGUUCAAGAUCGGUAUUGAUUCCAAAACAAGAUUUAGCAAAUAGCCAAGGUCCCGAAUUUGAUUUUGAUUUUGAUGAACAACAUGAAUUAAAACAAAUUAAUUUUAAAAUUGAAUCAUUAGUAUUGGGUGUUAAUAAUCAUGGAAAUAAAAGCGGUGAAAACUCACCAACCAAUAGUGUUUCUUCAUCUGCUUCCCUGGAAACCCUAGCUUCUAUUAAUUAUGAUUUAAUGUAUUGGUCAAUUAAUACCAAACUUGAUAAACUAAAACUUUCAGCAUUGACUGAUCUUCAUGGUAAGUUUUCUCAUUUAUUGGAAAUACCAGCUAUUAAAUCAAAUAUAAAUGCUAUUUGUAACUAUAAUGGUAAGAAUAAAAUCGUGGUUGAUUUAAGUAUGGAUAAAUUAAAUUUGGAUUAUAAUCGAUACAAAUUUGGCACAUUAAUUGGAUGUGUCUAUCUUAUUAGAGAAUUUAUGAUAUCACCAAUAAAACUUAUCAAACUGAAGGUUCGUAAAGAUUUAACAAGAUUUGAUAGUUUAAUGUUAAGUCCAACAAUUACUCCUGAUUCAGAAUCAAUAUUGGAUUAUAUUUCUUUUGAAUUUAAGUUGGAUUAUCUGGAUAUCAUUCUUAGAUUAAGUGAUGAAUUCAAAGUUAAAUUACAAUUGUCUGAUAUUCAAGCAUUUUUAAGACAUAAAGAAAUAGGAGCAGAUGUUGGAUUUAUAAGAGGACUUGCUGAUUCUCCACAAGUUAAAGAUAAAUGGAAUAGAUUACUUUGUCUGGAUAAAUUGAAAUUAAGAACUAAUAUUCCAUCAUCUAUUAAAGAAUUCAAAAUUGAAAUUGAUACUAAUUCAAUACGUUUUAUUCAACCACAUCAAUUUGUUGUUUAUAAAUUAUUUGAUAAUAUUUCUGUCACUGUUAAACUAGUUAAACAUUUAAUUAAAUUAUUAAAAGAUGAAAGUUCUAAAGAACAGUUGAAUAUAGUUCAUCCAAAUUUACAAAAACCCAAGGCUUUACCAUUUAUUAGUCUUAAAUCCAAGACAUUGAAAUUCACUAUGGAAGAUGAUCCAUUUGAAGUUGAACUAGGUAUGAUUUAUCAAUUGGGUUUAAUUGAACAAAGGAAAAGAUCGGAACUUUAUACAUUAUUUGAUGAUCGAGCCGCUGUUACUAAAGAAGACGGUGAAGACUAUUUCAACAAACUUAAUCAUUUACACAAAACAGUGUCUAGAUCAUGGAUAAGAAAAGUUAAAACUUAUAAAGCUCAAUUAAGAGAAGAAAUCAUUAGCAAUAAAGAAUAUCUAUUUGGUGGUGAAGUAUUACUUCCGGAAUCCUUGAAUGAUGAUGUAGUUGCUUAUCCUUAUUCACCACCUUUAACAGCUGUUUAUAUGGACAAUUUACAAUUGGAUCUUUCAAAACCAAAAUUUGAACUCAAGAAAGUUGCUGAUUUUGUUUAUAAAUUUGGUCAAGGUGUUCCAAAGGAUACGGAAUAUACUUUAUUGAUUCCAUUAUAUGCAUCAUUGAAAUUGGGUGAAUUAAGAAUGCAUUUACGUGAUUAUCCAUUACCAUUGGUACAUUCACCAAGGAAUAAAGAUAUUGCUGAUACUAGUUUUUCAUUAGAUGGUCAUUUAAUCAUAACUGAAGCGUUUAUCAAUUCACCUGAACAGAUAAGAAAGAUUAAUGUUCCAUUAGUUCCACAACAUGAUCCUGAAUUAUCAUUGAAUAAAUUUGAUUCACUAAUUGUUGAGAAAACAUUGGCUUCAGUUAAAAUGUAUACUGAUUUACAAUGUAGUUUUAAUUCAGAUUAUCCAACAAGAAUCAUAUGGGGUACUUCAUAUAAUUUUGGUAUACAACAAACCAUGUUAAAUUUUGAUAAAUUUUCCAAACCUCCAGUUGAUCCUUCUCCUAAAUUAGGAUUUUGGGAUAAAUUAAAAUAUGUCCUUCAUGGGAAAUGUACAAUUAAAACCAAGAAAAGUUUAGAAGUUGGAUUUAAAGGAUCAAGAGAUCCAUAUGAUUUAUUUUGUACUGCAGGAGGAUUUGUAUUAUCAUUUAAGAAGAAUGUGAUUUGGGAUAUUAAUAAGAAUGAUGAUUCUAAAAAUUUCUUUGAUGUUACUUCUGAUAAAGUUUCAUGGUAUAUUCCAAAUUAUCUGAAGGUCCAUUGA